AUGAUUCAUCCCACAGUGUUGUACUUGACACUCAGCAUCGCGCUUCUGGUGAUCGCAGUAAUUGUCCACGUUCGCAGCUCAAACCUCUCCCUCGCCAUCGCCCCGGCCGUCUCCAUAAUCACCAUCAUUCUCCCCAUCGUCGGAUUCCUCAACACAGCAUGCUAUCCUAGCUUCCGACGCACUACCAAGUCCUCUCCAAGCCGUGUGGCCCAGCUUGGUCCCUUGGUAGUCCAAGUCCUGCAGGCACUCAUCACCACCAUCCUUGCAACACUACUCCUCGAGCGUGUCAUACCAUCUGGCGUAACGAAUUGUGUGAUGGAGAACCAAUGGAUGAGCAUGUUUCGUUCCCAUGAUGCAGGUGGUAUACGUAGAAUCCAGGAUGCUUUUGACUGUUGCGGAUUCAACUCAGUUCGUGACCGGGCGUACCCUUUUCCUGGCACAGCGCCGAGUACCUGUGCUGCCACUUACGGACGAAGAACAGCCUGUCGUGAGCCAUGGCAGGGAGCGUUGCAGACCAAUGCACUAGCAGACUUUGCUGUUGUCGUAGGUGUCGGACUGAUACAAAUAAUGGGUCUUUUCGUCGUCCCAGAAAGCGGAAACUGGCGCAAUGCCUGGGGCGUUAACCGUUUUGGAGAAAGGAACCAGCAGAGCGAAAGUCGUCAACCGCUUCUGAUUGACAGAGAAAGAGAUGUCGUUGAGGAGGAAGAGACAGAGCCUGAGCAGCCAGGGGGGGAGUCGCAGGGCUACGGAAGUCUGAACGUGAACGUGUCUGGCUCUAGAGUUGUACCUUCGUCUGUUGCUGAGCGAAACAACUGGGCCGACGAAUGA